AUGAAGGCUUUUCAGAGUAGACAAAAAUCGUAUGCAGAUCAAAGGAGGAGACCAUUAGAGUUUGCGGCUGGGGACCAUGUUUUUCUGCGAGUAACUUCAACCACGGGUGUUGGAAGAGCACUUCGCUCCAGGAAACUUUCUCCUAAGUUCAUUGGUCCAUACCAAAUUUUGAGACGAAUUGGGCUAGUCGCUUACGAGAUUGCGCUACCCCCUCAAUUGGCCAAUCUUCAUUCAGUUUUUCAUGUCUCCCAGCUAAGAAAGUAUGUACCUGACCCUUCUCACAUUAUAGAAAUAGAGGAGAUUCAAAUCCGAGAGGACCUCUCAGUAGAAGUACAACCUGUUUGUAUAGAAGAUACUAAAACAAAGGAACUUAGAGGAAAAACUAUUAAUUUAGUCAGGGUAGUUUGGGAUAAGAGGACAGGUGACUCUACAUGGGAACUAGAAGAAGAGAUGAAGCAAUUAUAUCCUCAACUAUUUUCUUGA